GUAGAGGGGGAUAGCUCUAUUGGUAGUACUACUCGGAUAAUGAAUCCCGCAUUUUUGUUAUAUGAUGGCUUUGCUAUAAACUCGCUGUACGCCAUUAUGGUGGAUUUGGAGCGUAAGGGCGGACGAGAAAAAUCAUUGCGAAACCCUUCAGAUUAGAUAUGAUCCAUCAUGAUUUAUGCUCUUAAGAAAAGAAGAGGACUAAUGGUAUGCAUAAAAUGUAACUGUAAAGGAUAUGCUGGGUGUACUGUUGGAGAAUAGCCACUGUCAACAAGAAGACUCCACAUGAUAUUGCGUCAGGCGAAAUUGAUCUAACGAUUGAGAACUUAUUAUAAUUUCCUAAUACUGCCACAGUGUAUGUCUGCUCCACUUUCCCUAAGAGUAUGCUGUCUUGUUGCAAUGGCGCCUGCACUCACUGAUCCAGUGGCGACCCAGACAAAAUUGAAAGUCAAAUUUCCAAAAGUGGACCCCUCCUUGAGCCUUCCAUUAGCAAAGCCUCUGGAGGUGAAAAGCAGCGUGCACAAAGACGGCAUUUCCACCCCAAAGAACACACCAAAGCAUAAGGUUACUCUUAAUUCUGUUUUAAAUUUUAAACAAAUUGAGAACGGUAUUCUAAAAACUGUUGGACUUAGUUCAAAGAUAAAGCAAUUUAAGAUAAUUCAGAAAGGUGUGAACAAAAACAAAGACCCUGGACAGGUGGAGGUGUUGCACCAUUACAGACAUUCUGGUGACCGGAAAAUGAACCAGCCCAUGGAAUCUUUGAAUGGAAUGUCAAAGGAGAAUGGUUUGAAAUCGGCAAGUGAAUUAAAAAAGUCCAUUGAUAUAAGUACAUUGAAUAAAAAUUUGAAUGGAGAUCAUGAUCCUGUAAACCAUGCUCUGCAAAAUGGAGACCAAGAGCAUGCAUCAAAGGCAACUUCUGUGCCAGAUGUGGUGACGUCAGUGAAUUCUGAAGCAGAAGUUGUCAAAGAUGAUGUAUGUGAUGGUGCUGAUAAUGACACUGAAUUUGUUGACAUUGAAAAUGAACAGGCAGACCUUAUUAAGUCUGAAAAAGAACUAAGUGAAGAGGUUAGUGAAAAGCAGCAAGUGUUGGAGAGAAGGACAGACAGACUUUUGAGAAGGUUACGGCGUUUACAAGGACGCCAGUUAGAAACGCACAUUCGAAAUCAAACUGGAAGUUAUGUUAGCUUCCUUCAUCGUAAUCUCCAAUCUGUGGCUCACAGAUCCAUGGGAAUAUCAGGUCCACAUUCAGAACUGAAAGCAGAACUUUUAAAAAGUGGAGAUGUGAAGAGUUUAUCCACUGCAGCACUUGUGAAUUUGGUGAGGAAAAUUCAGUCCACACAAAAUCAGGCUGCACUCAACAAGCGCAUAGCUACACAGAAAAAAGCAAAGGAGGACAAGUCAUCUCAAAGUGUGUUGGUAAUAGACACUCAGAUCUGCAAAGAGGCCAACCGAGUGUCUGGACAGCUCCAGGCAAAUUUACAUCACAUGCUGGACACCUUGGACUCGGACGCUACAGAGAGCAGCUCAGGUGGGGAAAGCUGUGAUGAGGAAGAUGAGUACGAAAGAGAAAGAAAAAUCCCUCCACCACCAUUACAUCGUCGGGCGGAGUGGAAGUGGGCAUCAGAUCGAGCAGCAGUAGCAUGUCGAUGGACGUGGUUACAAGCUCAAGUUUCGGAUCUAGAAUACCGAAUUCGUCAACAGAGUGAUAUUCACAAACAAAUACGGCAUAAUAAAGGCAGUGUUGUUCUGGGAGAGCCACCUUCAUUGGAGGAGCUAAGUGCGCGCCUAAGGCAGGCUCGAGCAAAUGGCAAACUGUUGUCUCCAAUUGAAACCAGAAUUGCCGAUUUUGAUGCAAAGAACGUGUCUGGAUCCCCCUGUAAUAUAUCUGCUGUCCUGUCCAAUGUUAACCGCCAAGCAACAAAAUUAACACAAUCACUAGGGAACUGUCUAACACCGGUUCAGUCUACCCUGCUGAAUGAGAACAAUUUGAAAGACGGACAGUGUAACAAUUUGAAUGGUGUUGUGAACUCGGGGCAUCCAUCCACUGUGACAGAAGACAAUGUUUCGGUGUUACAUGGACCCUCAGGUGAUGCGACAUCGGCCGAACAGUCUCCAUCUCCAGCCCUUCUUGAUGCUACUUGUCAGGCUGCACGAUGUCGACCGGUGCGUAACUACAGGAAGAGGAAAUUGUUAAGGACUUCAGGCCUACAUCAGGUCUCCCGUAAAGCCGCACGUCUGUCUACAGUGAAGUGCCAUUGUUCUCCGCCUUUUUCUUCAUGUCCCAUGUGUGGAGGACGAUACAAUAAUUCGCAGACUGUGGACGCUGACACCAUGCCUGUGAAUGAGAGAGUGUCCCUCCUUGAUCCAUCCUAUCACCCAGUGUUGUCUUUCAAUGAAGAAAUUCCACUGACAAUCCACUUUGAGGCUUUGCUUAAGAGUGGAGACUGGCAAAACAAACCACCACCGAAAGCUACAAAACUCAUGCCUUCAGACAGAAAAAGGCAGAAGUUGUUGGUACCCUCUAUGCGAGACAAAGUUAGGAAACAAACAAAAUAUGCGAAGGGGGCAGCAACAGCUUUACUGGCAUCAGCAAAGUUGCGAAACAAGUAUGAAAGAAGGACUCCAACAAAAGGUAGACCAAGUCUGAAGGCAACCAGGAAAGUCUCUGAUAUUAGAAAAAGAAGGAUGGCAGAUAAUAUUUCCAUAGCACUAAAACAGAACAGUAUGGAUGAUGGUCAGUUGUCCGGGCCUUCAGACUAUGAUGAGGAUGAUGAAUAUGCAAAUUGUGGUCGGGAUGGUCUCCUCUCCUCCAGUGGGGCUUCAGCUGGCUUCAAGGAAUUGAAGGAUGCCACCAUGAGGAAAAGACGACUGGAGAAUGCAUAUGAUAUUGACAACAUUGUCAUACCAUAUAGUAUUGCAUCAGCUACACGAGUGGUCAAAUUGGAAUAUAAGGAAAUUGUAACACCGAAAUGGAGAGAUAUAACACAGGCCACUGAAGUAACGGACAAUACAACAGAAGAUUCUACUGAGUUACCUGAAGAGAUUGAAAUUACAUCAGAUGAUUUUUUUGCUGCUAUGCAUGAAAAAUGUGAAAUCCAAGAGAAGAAACGUUUCCAGUCUUUCAUACAAUAUCCCAGUCGUCGCAGUCGGGGAUCGAGGAAUGAUUCAGGACCAUUGACUCCAGAAACAAUUUCGGGAGAUGUAAAUGUUGUCGGUGAAAGUAGUGACAGUGCUCAAAAAAUUGAUGAUGACACUCGGCGUCGAAGUCAAACACUCUCGUCAAGUGGGGGAAGUAACACUAACCUGGCGGCAUCAUUGAGAGAGGAAGUGUUCCGACGUCGGAGCAGUUCUGCUUCACUGAGGCGAUCAAGUGUGAGUGUUGGCACUGAUGAUAUGAGUAUGGACUUCGAUGAUGGAGAAACAAUAGAACCCUGGCCAAUCAGAGCUUUUCCUCUGUCAGAAGAAGAGUAUGAAGAAAUGAAAGUAACUGUUUCGACUCCUGAGGAGAGCAGGUCUUACGUACCCCGCGAAAAGAUCUCAAACAGCUUAUUGAUAGGAUUGGGCAGCGAGACCAGUGUUAGUGAAGAAACAAGAUUUGAAGCAAUGGAGACACGGGUUAGUUUGCCUGGAUCUCCUAACAGCUCAAAUGGAUCACACGCAAGUGAAGACCCAAAUGAUCCAGAGUGGACUGUUGCUAAUGGUGAUAAAUUGGGGGAAAAAAAUGUAGUUCGACUUGGUCGUAGAUGAUGAAAAUUAACUAUUCAGAAAAGAAAAAAGUUUGGAUUUAGAAAUAGAAUAUAGCUUGUUAAGUUUUGUUUUCUUGUGAAUUGAUAUUGUCCAGAAUCAAGUGUGAAAUAUGUUUGCAUCACUUAGAUGGAUAAUUCAGUUUAUGGAAGGCACCUUUGUAAUGCAUCGUCAAAGCAUGGACCUUAUCAUUUAACAUUUCUGUUUAGAGAUGUAAAGAAAAAUAAAGAUCACUAAUUCUCUUAAUAAGUCACUGAUUUCAAACCCAUUUCACAUUAGUGUCGGACACGCUCUGAAUUUAAACUGGUACAUGUAUCCAUACUUAAUACUUGUUGGUUGUGUGAAUAUAUUGAAACAAAUUGUUUGGUUGAAAUAUUUUGUUAUAAAAUGUAAAAGAUCUGGAUUUUUUUGUUGUUGUAAGGACAGGGUCUUAAAUAUGUUCGUAGAUCAUGAUUUGUCCGAACAAGAUACUUCUUUUUUUGCUUUUUUUGCCCGGGUUUAGUGAAAGAAAGAAAAAGUACAAAAAAAUUAUCUUGAGACUUGUCAUCCCAUUACAGCCACUUUGUUGCUCCUGUUGUAUAUAUAUUUUGUAGCACACAGAUUUUUGUAUCAUAAUCCUGUACAGACUCUUUUAUAUUGAAGAACGGAACUGAACAAGUUUGCCUGAGAAUGCUAUAAUCAACAUUUUUAUGACCAAUCAUUAAAUUUUUUUUGCAAUGAUCACUUAAUCAUGUAAGCACAUUUCCCAUUAAUUAGAUAUAAAACUUACAUUCCAUGAGAAGUGUCCCAAUUCAAUGCUGAUUCAGUUAUGUGUUACAGAGAAAAUCAAAGAACAAGUGGUUCUCUGUUCAAUAGCAUUUUUGGCAACAUUCAUCUCCACCCCAAGAUUUUAAUCGUGGUAUAACAAGAGUUGUCCUUCUUUAUCUUUGUAGAUCAUGAAAGAAAGACCUGUUAUUCUUUGCACGAUAUGGUCGUCAAACACCACAUCUUUGUUCUGAUUAUUUUAAAUCGAGUUUUGCAAGAAAAAAAUAUUUCAAAAGAAUUGAAUCUUGUUUUAAUUUUAUUUAGUUUAGUAUUUUUUGGUUAAUUUUCUUUUUUCAGUAAUGUCAUUUCUGUUGUACAAAAAUGAUUGGACUUUUUAGCUUAAGAUCAAACAACUUCAAUAGUAUGUAUCAUGGCUUCUUCAUGAAAAUGAAAUAAAAAAGAGAGAAAAUCCU